CAACACUGUCAAACGCGUGUGUGUGUGUGUUUGUGAAUGAUCAUGGAGUAAUAAGCGGUUAACCCGAGGGUUCAAAGUUUCCCGGUUUUUUACUGGAAUAUUUUAGCAGAAACAUGUGAGAAUAGUGAAAUUAAGGAAUUAUGCCACUUGGGAUGCGAAUUGUUGAGCCUUUUCGGCUCGGUAGAAAACCUUUACGACCCGAGGAGAGGGACGAGGGGCCGAAUGCCGAAAGGGCUGUCAUUCAUAAUGCGGUAUUAGGGGCUAUGUUACAACUAGCCAGUUUAAUUCGACAUGCAGAUGAUAUAUUUUGUGAUUUAGCAGAAGAGUGUCAGAAAAUUUGUGAAAAAUCCGAAAAAAUCUCAAGGAAAGUUGCACAUAUAGAAGACCUAACUCGAAAAUUAGACUCGAAGAAAGUUCAAAUCCCUGUUGGAGAUUUAAAGAAGUUUUCCACCGUUGGUGAUCAUCAUACUGCAUAUCAUGGCUUCGACUGUCACAUGUUCACAGCGGAAUCACGACCACAGUGUGUCAAGGAUCAGUACAUCCUCUCUGACGUCACACCAGCCAAGAUUUUACGUGAGGCAGACGCAUAUCGUAAAGAUGGCCUCUACAGUUCUCUAUUGUUUAAACUAUGGCCGGUGUUCCACAACGAACCUAAACUCAAAACCCAAGAUCUUAAUCUGCCAAAGACAAUGCAGCCUGUAUUAUCAUUUAAAAAGGAUUACAAAAAACUCAAACUUCGUGAACGACCAAAAACUGUGGCACUGGAUGAUCUACAUAUUGAUGAAAAUGCUACAGCAGAAGAAGAGCAGUUAACUCCAAAUAAAAAACCAAGCACCGUUGUCAUAGAUACGUCAGGGUCUGCAUUUAACCGCAUGUGUUCUUUCCGCGAGUCUUUAAAGUCAGAUUCCUCUGGCAAAUCCAAACGGCGCCGAACGGUAUCUGGGGUUUCGGAUAAUAUCCUGCAAGAGAUCAAAGUCUUUGAGAAAGAGAAAAGAAUUGGUGGACGAAUACAGCCUCGUUCCUACAGCUUCGAUGAUCUCGAUGCCGAGGAUGAUCCCAAGAAGGAUGAGAUAAUGGCGCAGUAUUUUAAUGAAAUCGACGCCAAAUACGAAGAAUAUAUAGAGGAUGAAAUUGCAGCCAAAGAACCAAGAUACAUGAAGUUUAUUCCGUGCAGAAGAACUCGCUCAUUACCUCGAAGCGUGAAAUCACGACAGAGAUGUUUGUCAACUGAGCAUCGUAUGAGCACGACCAGCCAUAGCUACGCAAGUAGCACAAAUUUAAGUCAGAGUGUCGUCUCAAUUGCAUCCAGUCGAUUUUCACGAGCUACCAGACGAUCAAGUAUCAUCGGAAACAAGAUCAAAUCCAUGGUUCAAAAUGUUUCCAGCAGUGUUUCUCGAUCACGGCCGAAGUCAUUAGAUCUGGAUGCAUUAGAUUUUGAUGCUGCACCAGAACCGUCUCCAGCUCGAGCUAAGAGUACGAUGCAUAUACCCAAUGCCAACAGUAUGCCUGAUGGAAUUAUGAGUGGAGCUAGUGGAUCAGAAAGUUCAGUUGGACCUGGUUCUUAUUAUUAUUUUGAGAGUAACACCCUACCAAAAGCACAAGCCCAAAAAUACGAUUUCCCCUGGGAAAGUUUACCCAAAGAUUGGACGACAGCCGUUAAACUUCGUGAAAUUUCUAAGCGAAGACCAAAAGAAGAAAGGCAAUCAUCAUCAGGUCAUUGGAGUGCUAGUAGCUGUAGUAAUCGUCAGUCUAUGGAAUCGGGUAAAUCCAGCAUGCCAUCAUCAUAUUCAGCUAUUUCACUUGGUAAAGAUUCCGGUCGUGAUUCUCCAUCACUCAGUGAAGACAGACAUGGAACAGACACAACAACAUACAAGGAAUCCAGUGUGACAGCUGAUACUGAUAGUGAUUGUCGGGACCAAUUUACUAAGAUGGACACAGAUGCAUGGUUGAAGAGUCUGGCUAUCAGAGCAGCAAGUCGUGAAGAAAUAUCAUCCAGUAGUGCUGAUACUCUCAGUUCUUUAUCCCGACUGACCCGUCAGAAUAUUCUCGCUCUCGACCUCAUGUCUCCUGAUCUGAACAAUCAACCAAAACUUGAAGACGAGUUCUCAGAAUUUUCCGUUGAUCAGGACGGGUUUUACACGUCGUUUCAUAACGACAGUGGAUUGAGACGUAGCAACGCGAAUUUAGCCGAGGAGGACGGAGAACUUUCGCCAACCAAAGAACAUUCGACAAUAUUCAGUAUGGGUAGUACAACCACAAUUGAUAGCGUUAUCUUCCGACCAACGUCUGGUCCAGGAGCAACAAUUGGAAAAGGAAAAGGAACUGUUUUGAAACGAGUAUCUGUGAAGCUUGCACCUCCUCCACCACAAAGAACAUGUUCCAUGACGAGUAUUAGCGUUCCCAUAUCCAAUACAACGUUUGAAAUUGGUGAAGCAAGUCCAAGCGUUAGCGACGGAAGUAGUGCAAGUUUAAAUGUAACAGAUAAAUCAUUUUCCGAAUCGGAUCAAGAAACCAUCUACGCACGCUUAAAAUCAAAAACUCGUAUUCCCACGUCAUUAGCAUAUCCAUCGUGGUGUUCAGUCUCUCCAUCAGACAGUGGGGAGGAAAUUCGUCUCUCUCCAAAUUCGUCAGGUAACAUUUCCAAAACAGCGGAUGACGAACUAAAAGAAAAAGAAGAACCGCAACAAUAUUCCAAGGAGAAUCAUUCAGGAAAUACACUACCCAGAACACGCAAAUAUCUCAGUAAGAAAAAAUGGGAUGAAGAAGAGGUCCCAGAUUAUCCCAAUUCAUGGCCCAGAUCUCAGAAAUCUGGUAUCCUAAAAACAGACAAGUCUCCUGUUGAUGCAUCAAAACCAUCUAAAACUUUGAACUUUGACCCUGUUGUAAACAUGGUCGAUCCACUUCCAGAUUUAUCAGGAUCAUCGGAAGACAGUUGGUCGUCGGGUCAGGUCAAUUCCCCAGCAGAUGGCAAAAAUCCCAGUUAUCGAUUGGCUAUUCCAUUCAUUGAUGACAGUGCAGAUGUAUCCAAGGAAACUAUUCCUAUAAAAUAUCAACCAAUCAUAACAGUCACUCCAAAAGGUCGUCCGGGGGACGGAACAAAGUCUCCAAUCUGUGAUGUUAGUUCUAAAAACUAUGUUCGUUCAACAUCAACACCGACCAAUCAUUACGCUGUAGGUAAUCUUAAAGGCGUACGAAUCACUGCUCCAUCAGAAAUAUCAUCCAGUUCUUUAUCCAUGGAUAGGGGAGGAUACAUGGAUAUGAGCAGUAACUUAAAAAACAGAUCCAUGGAUAAUCUGAGCAGUUGCAGCUCUUUAAAUCUGUCGGACAUCGAUGACAGUAUCACAUACGUGAGUAUGUCCAGCCCCUUUUCAACCCCUAAUAACUCCACCCUGACACUGAGCAGAGAUGCAAAAUCUAGUGAAAGUGCAUCAAAACAACAUGCACCAAAAAUGGAUACGUAUCGUGUUUCGUCUGCUCUCCUGGAGGCAGCUGGAAAAACCGCUAAAGGUACAGAUAUCAAUAGUAACAGUAUUAUUUUGAAUUCAGCUCACGACGACACCCUGAAGACAACCAGACCCAUAAACAAGUUCAGCCGCUCUUCUUCCGUUCAAAACACAUCAUCACAUAAACAAGGUUUAACCCAUCAGAUGUCAGUCCCCGUAACAUAUUCUCCAACAGUGGUUGUGAUGAACCAGUCUACAGGGUCAGAAGUAGCACUUCAUUCUGAUACCUGGCCAAGUCGUCACAGCUCUAGCAAAACACAUUCUGUCUCAACAAUAGAAGAAAGGCCAAGGUCAAGAUCUCAAGGUCAAGAAAGGUCAUCACCGAAUACAAGUCGGACUGAUUCUUAUCGAGUUGCGAUGAGAAACGAUGCUAGCGACAGUUCCUCACCAUCAACUGCCCGAGCUCCAUCGUACAGAUAUGCUGUCAACAAAGAAAGUGAACAUUCAAAAUCCAGACGAAUGUCUGCUGACUCCAAGAGUUCAUCUCCACGGUCACAAGAAUCAUCUCCAUCAACAGCUCGAGCCCCAUCCUACAGAUUUGCUGUCAACAAAGAAAGUGAAAACUUGAAGAGCAGAAGAAGAUCUGCUGGAUCUGUUGACUCAAAGAAUUCAUCUCCACGGACACCAGAAGUGGACAUUAAUGUGAACCGAGCAGAUUCUUACAGAAUGGCAGUGAGGCAGACAAAUGGCAUUGUUUCAUCCGCUGAUGUGGCUGCUCGUAAUUCUUCAUAUCGAGUGGCAGUUCGAGAAAAUGAUGACGUGACCGAUAACCGAAGUCUUCUACCCAUGCCUCAAGAUCCAAGUGACAAACGGGACAAUCGACGACGCGGAAUCACGGACAUCGAUCAGUUGAAAGAGUUUACGAAUGAAAGUUCGCAGCGUAAAGUAGGUUUAAAAAGUGCCAGUAAUUUAUUCGCGACCAUCAAUAGCUCGAAAAAGAGAAUGAAUGUUAAAUCAGAUAUUGAAUCGUUAUUGAGACCAGCAACAGCGCCAUCACCAGAAACUAGUCGAUCAUCCAAAUCAUCCAAAUCACCCAAAUCACCUAAAUCACCCAAAUCGCCAAAAGCAGAUAAAGAUAAAAAUAAGAAUAAGGAACACCGAUCUUCCACAUAUAUCCGCUUUGAUCCAAUAUUUGAGGACAAAGAGGAUUUUCUUAAUUCAUCUGCGGAAGCUCUUCGUGCUGCCUCUAUAUCAUCUCUCAAUCGUUCCAUCCAUGAUGGCUCUUCCGCUAAUUUCGCUGGAGCAGAGGAUGAUCCAUUACUGGGACAAAAACUGUCUCAUCCUCUCCCUGUUACCCGAGGAAGUCGCUCCUCGUUACAAGGGCGCAAAGUAGAUGAGAAAGCUGUCAUGUCUAUUUUAGAUUCUAUAAAAUCAACAAUCAAAUCUAUUUCAAAUAAGAAAGGUGAUAGUGAAGAUGAAUCUAAGUAUGGGACAGGGGUGUGAACGAAGGGAUUCAGAGGUGAAAUAAGGGACCAAUACAUGAAAUAAGGCACAAUUGUGUGAAGGGACUGGAUAAUGAUAUAAGAGACAGUUGUGUGAAGGAACUGGAUGUGAAAAAAAGGACAAAGAUGUGAUUGAAGUGAUAGUGAGACUCUAACAGGAGUAUGGAUAAAAUGAAUAGUUAUGUGAAAAGGGGAUUUAAAAUGUGAAAUAGGAACAAAGUGUGAAAUAAUGGCAGGCUUAAGCCAAGGGUCUCAAGAUCUAGUGGGUGUUUAAUUAUAUUUUUGACACUGUCAUAACCCUUUCUUAUACACACUGUAGUCUUAGACAUCUUUCAUUAUCCUCGGCUUUGUUAAAUUAUAUUUUUGAAACUGUCAAAGCCUUUCUUAUACACACUGAAAGUCUUAAACAUCCAGUCAUCUUCCUCAGCUUUGCUCAAUUGUGUUUAAAACACACCUUCAUCUUCCUUUAGUCGUGUGAAGAUGGGGGAUUGGGAGGGGCCUCAAUAGUGGAAUAGACUAGGACCUAUCGUCAUCUAAUCUGGGACUGUUGGCGCUGAAAUGAGAAAUAGGGAGCCGAGAUAUGAAAUAAGGAGCUGAGAUAUGAAAUAAGGGAUGAGGUGAAUCAAGAUGUACAUGUCCUGUUAUAAUAAUGUCCUAUCCUAAUUAUAUUCUAAUUUUUAUCAACUUUCGCUUAUUUUCUAUGAUAAUGAUUAGCAUUUUAUUAACGGUACCAUCGCUUAGGAUAUAGGGUAUUUCGAGACUCCUUAAUUUAGCUUAGUAGAACCCCUGUAUGCAGUGGAUAGCAAAAGAAACUGACAUAACUCAAAACAGAUUGUCUGCUUGCCAAGCUUUAGGCUAACACAAUUUAAAAUUUUGGGUUUUUUCAGGAACACUUAUGAAAAAUUUUGCUUCUUGAAAAAAUCUAAUUUAAAAAAACAGAAAGUUCUGGGUUACGCAUUUUGUAAUUUUAAACACCCAAGGCUUAAGAGGCUAUUUACCUAAGAACUAGAAAUUAAAUUGGUUAAGCUGUAAAUAUGCAUGCUAAUUACUUAUAGCCUUUGAGUAGUCUGGUUUAAACCCCAUUUCAUUUAUCACAUUCCUUAGUGUUUUAACAUUUCGGUCUGAAUGUUAAAAAAAAAAAAACAUUCACAAUUGGAAUUCAAUGACAAGUAUGUGACAAACUGCUGCCUAGGCUAAAUUAUCAUUAUCCUCCCUAGCAUUGCACACAUUUGUAUGUUAAGUCUGAAUAGAAAUGACAUGGGAUUUAACGACUUACUUUUCUGCCGCAUCCGAGCUAGUGAAGACAGGCAUACGCCUUGCAUACCGUAAUAUUGUGUUGAAGGGACGAUCUUAAUGGCUAAGUUUUCCCCUAUGCAUAGCAAUAAUUAAGUGCUAUU